AUGGGUAGAAACGGGUUUUUUGGAGGUAUGCAAGGCCUCGAUGCCUUCGGCAAGACCAUGGAAGAUGUGAAGAUCAGAACACGUACUGGAGCUCUAUUAACGUUCAUAUCAUUCUCUAUAAUCCUUACUUCGAUAUUACUCGAAUUUAUAGAUUAUAGGCGAAUACAUCUUGAACCAUCAAUAGUGGUAGAUAGAUCAAGAGGUGAAAAAUUAGUUAUAGAAUUUGAUAUGUCAUUUCCAAAAGUACCUUGUUAUCUCUUGUCAUUAGACGUGAUGGAUAUUUCAGGUGAACAUCAGACUGAAUUAGAACAUCAUAUCACUAAAACAAGAACGGAUAAAGAUGGUAGAGUACUAGAAUCCGUUUCAGGUGGACAGCUCAAGGGAGAUGUGGAAAGACAAAACUUGAAGAGAGAUCCAAAUUACUGUGGAAGCUGUUAUGGUGCAUCACCUCCUGAGAAUGGAUGUUGUAAUUCAUGUGAAGAAGUUAGACAAGCAUAUGCUAGAAAAGGUUGGUCAUUCAAUGAUCCAGCUGGAAUUGAGCAGUGUGUCGAAGAAGGCUGGGAAGAUAAGAUAAAAGAGCAGAAUACCGAAGGAUGUCGAAUUGAUGGUAGAGUAAGAGUCAACAAGGUUAUUGGAAACUUGCAUUUCAGUCCUGGUAGAUCAUUCCAGAAUAAUAUGGUGCAAAUGAUGGACCUAGUCCCCUACUUACGUGAUUCCAAUCACCAUGAUUUCGGUCAUAUAAUACACAAAUUCAGAUUCGGUGCCGACCUUACAGCUGCAGAAGAGGCAACUGUCCUCCCCAAAGAAGCUAAAUGGAGAGAUAGUCUGAAGAUGCGAGAUCCUCUGCAAGAAGUAGCCGCUCAUACUGAAGAGUCUCAAUAUAUGUUCCAAUAUUUCCUAAAAGUCGUUUCUACAAACUUCGUUGCUCUGAACGGAGAAGAAAUCCCCUCACAUCAAUAUUCCGUUACCCAGUAUGAGCGAGAUUUGCGACAAGGCAAUGCUCCUGGAAAGGAUUCUCAUGGCCAUAUGACUUCUCAUGGUGUUGCUGGAGUACCAGGAGUCUUUAUAAAUUAUGAGAUUUCACCAAUGAAAGUGACACACACUGAAACACGUCAAUCUUUCGCUCAUUUCUUGACUUCGACCUGUGCAAUUAUAGGAGGAGUGUUGACUGUUGCCAGCUUGAUUGAUGGGUUCAUCUUUUCGAGUUCAAAGAGACUCAGAGGGUCGAAUGACGAUGGAUUUGGAGCUCCAAGUGGAAAAAUGGUGAGUUCCUGCUCGAUCAGGUGA